AUGUGGGCAUCGCGCUCUGCCCGUUUGGCUGCUGUCCUUCGGCCUGCCGUUACGGCUCGGAGACCCCCAGCUCUCCCCGCCAUUCGCCGUCAGAGCCAGCACUACUAUCGCCGCGGUCCCCAGUACACCAGAUUUCAGAAGGCUGGAAAUAUCUUCACCAGAUGGGCUGCCCGGCCGACCUUCUACUACGAGGUUGGUGGUCUUGGUGCGGCUGCUGGCGGCUUCUACGUCUACAACCUCGAGGUAGUCCCUGUCUCUGGCCGCCGGCGAUUCAACGUCGUAUCACCAGAGAGGGAAAAAAGCAUGUCUCAGGAGAUGUAUGCCCAGGUAAUGCAGCAGUAUCACGGCCACAUUCUUCCACAUUGGGAUCGCCGUGUGCAACUGGUCCAACGGGUGCUCGACCGCUUGAUUCCAGCCUCCGGCCUCACAGAGGAGAACUGGGAGGUUCAUGUCAUCGACAGUCCUGAGAUGAACGCCUUUGUGAUUCCCGGUGGAAAAGUCUUUGUCUUCUCUGGCAUCCUGCCUAUCUGCGGGAAUGAAGACGGCCUUGCCGCGGUCCUCGGGCACGAGAUCGCCCAUAACGUUGCCCAUCACUCUGCAGAGCGCAUGAGCCAAAGCGUGUUCGUGCUUGCCGCCGCGUUAGCUGUCGACAUCUUUCUGGGUGGUACCGGCGGCAUUACCAGGAUGCUCCUUGAUCUCACAUUUCUGAAGCCAGGAAGCAGAAGUCAAGAGUCGGAGGCCGAUUUCAUUGGACUUAUGAUGAUGGCGCAAAGCUGCUUCAAUCCCGAAGAAGCAGCCGCUCUAUGGGCAAGGAUGGAGAAGGCUGAACAAGUUUCCGUCCCUCAGUUCAUUAGCACCCACCCUUCAAACCACAAUCGCCAACAAAAGAUUCUGGAAUGGCUCCCGGAGGCUCGUGACAAGCAAGCGCAGGGCGACUGCGCAACCGUACUCGAUUACGCGGAUGCUUUCCGAAAGAAGUUUAGAUCCAACGUUUGGUAG